GGCAGGAUCCGAAGUGCUCUGCGCUCCAUGAUAAGCGUCGUAUCAGCCAAAUCAUAAAGGUUACAGCGAAGAAGUCAAUCGAGGUACUACUCAUAUCGUGGCGGCCAUCUAGCUCUACCUCUACGAGCUUUUCUAUCAGGCCCGCAGAUACCCUUGCUACUGCACAAUGCCACCACCAAUUUUACAUCGCAAUUUUAAUGGCGUCGUCGUGUCCGCUGGCAAGAUGGACCGCACAGUAAAAGUACGAAUAGCAACACAAACGUGGAACAAGAGAGUUAAAAAGCACUUCCCAGAUGCAAAACACCACCUUGUCCACGACCCCGCAAACUCCGUCCGCGAGGGCGACGUUGUAUCGAUUCAAUCUGGUUGGCGCAAAGCCCAACAUGUACGGCACGUCGUAACAAAGAUUUUAAGUCCUUUCGGUUCGCCGCUGGAGGAUCGACCACGCUUACCUACGCUUGAGGAGUAUCGCGUGGCGAGGGAGAAGUUGAGGCUGGAAAAAGACGUGCGGCAAGCUACGAGAGGCCGUGGGGCAAGUGUAAAAAGGGUCGCUAUAGCGCAGGUGACGGGCAUGUUUGACAAAUUAGGGGUACAAGAAACAGACGAGUUGAGGAAUACUUUGCGGAAAAAGAUGAAGCGGAUGAAUAAGAAACAAAAGGAGAAAAUUCGGGCGAUCGGACAAGAUGGAGAGAUUUUAUUGAGGGAGAAUCAGGUUGACAGGCUGGUCGCCAAUCUCGAGACACCGCGAAGCGAGGACAAAGUUCACGCGUAAAGGACUGUGUUUGACAUGCAACGAGUAACGCUCUUUGAACAAACAUGCCAAGGGCACUCAGUCUGUAAGAUCCUGUACAUAUACUUGUAUGACUAGUCUUUUCAUGUAGGUCAAUUCUCAUGAAGCGUGAUUGAGCUCGUUAA